AUGUCUCCGGUGUUAAACGUCGUCUUGUUUGGCUCCGACGAUUCGGGUCACAAGUUUCAUCUUCAAGCCGUACUGAAGCUUUAUGACCGUCGGUUUGGCGAGCGCCUUCGCAGAUACCGGGGAGAACAUGUGCCCCAUACAAUGGAACGCGAGCUGGCUUUCCAGUCAUUCGUCCGGCGGGGGAUGAUGAACCGCUUUCUUGGCCGACAAGAGGAAGAUUUCGAGGCCGAGGACGGCCAAAACCAAAGAGGGAAGUUUGAGAAGACCGAGAAACCCAUCAGCCUUCAAUACGACUUGGAACCCGAUGCCGAGUUCGAGGCUGCUGUGUGGGAGGAAUGCGAGAGGAACUUCAACUGCGAAACCCAGGCUUACGAGCGGCUGAAAGACCUCCAGGGCAAGUUGAUACCGCGAAUGUAUGCCCAUGUGCGCCUCUUAUCCCCAAUCCCCAAUGUACCGCACGACCUGUUGGACUCUUCAGAUACGGCACGGUAUUUUGAAGUCAAAGGGGUCAUUCUCCAGCGAGUGGCCGGGUACCCUCUGUACGACCUGCCCACCUCUCCCCAAGCUCCAUCGGAUAUGGGGCUCUGGCCAGACAUAGUGCAGGCUGCGGUUGAUGCUGUGCACAUGAUUGACAGGCGCGGGGUGCUCAACACUAACUGUGCGCCCUACAACAUCGUUGUCGACUCUCACUCUCAUACGCCCUUUAUCAUUGAUUUUGCGAGUUGCCGGUUCAAGGAACGGCUAAUUCAACAAUGGAGGGAUAAUGGGCGUAUGGGCGACGAUGAUGACCCGGAAAUUGAGUACUGGGAAGAAGUUGUGACGGUCAAUAACGAGGGUGCCAUUGGAGUAGCCAUGGCGGCGAGACUGCGGCAGAUGAAGGGUUUGGAGUUGAGUAUUCGGUAUCCAAAUAGCCAGAAAAUACUCGAGGACAUGAAACGGAGCAAAGGGAUCGAGUCGGCAAAAGAUAGGGCAGGUACUAGUGGAUGGAAAAUACUGUAUUCCUGA